AAGCUUCAGGAAGCAGUGUUUCGGACUGGCCUACAGAUAGUCUACUACGUGUUGUACUUUAUUAAUAUGGUUAAUCGAUAUAGGGCAUAGACUGGUUAAAAUAAUAGUGAAGUGAUAAGAAAACUGUUUCACUAAUGGAUCAUAUACUACGCCACUGAAAUUUUUACUUUCGAUUUCAGACCCGUCGCCGGAGAACUAUCAGGAUGGACUCGAUCACACGGCAGUUUGCGCAAAGGAGAGCAAGAGAUGUAUUUAAGAGACAACGACGGAGAAGUAAUAGUGAUGAACGUCCUAACAUGUGUGCUCUGAGGCUUGUUUUUCUGGGGAAGAAUGGAUCAGAAAACAGUCGAGUCAGAAACCUAAUUCUGGGAAUAGAUAUGCAUGAGGAAAAGGACCCGACAGUUUUAGAGAAGCUCAAUGUAAUCCCAAUCAGUGGGAUGGUGAAGGACAGACACAUCACUGUCAUUAACACUCUUCAUCUGCUGAAUCCAAACAUCUCACAUCAUCAGAUCACACAGACCGUGAGACUGUGUGUGUCUCUGUCUGAUCCAGGACCUCAUGCCUUCAUAAUCAUACUGCAGUAUAAAGACUUCACUGAGGAGGACAUGAGAAGAGUCAAAUAUGUGCUGAAACAAUUCAGUGAAGAGGCCAUUAAACACACUAUAGUGAUCACGACUGACACACACACAAGUUUUGGGAAAAAGCAUCCAGCUAUUCAUCAGCUAAUGAAGGAGUGUGGAGGAAGACACCUGCAGUUCGAUGAAAGAAAACCUGAAUGGCGAUUGGAGAUAUUCAAGAGUGUUGAUAAGAUACUCGAGGAGAACAAAGAAGAAUAUCUCAAAUGUGAGUUAUAUGAAGAUGUUAUAGGAUCAUCGGUGGAUGAAGAGAAGAGCCGAUCUGAGCAUUCAUUCAGACCAGAUGAACAAUACGAGGAGCCUUCUUAUCACCAAGAUGAUGUAAAACCCAAAGAGAGAACUAAAGUGUCAAAGAAUGUCUCUGGAAAACAGAAGCUGAACCUGGUUCUGUGUGGAAGAGAUCCAACACUUAAGGUCUCUUUGUCAAAACUUUUACGAGGGAAACCAAUAAAACUUUCACAUCAGAGAGUGAGCAGUGAAGUGUGUGUGAAGAAAGAGAAGAUACAUGAUCGUGUGAUCAGACUGGUGGAGUUUCCAGCUGUCAAUCAUCUCUCAGAGGAGGACGUGAUGCGUCAGACUCUCCGCUGUGUGUCUCUCUGUGAUCCUGGAGUUCAUGUUUUCCUUAUAAUUGUUCCUGUUGGUCCACUGACUGAUGAAGACAAAGCAGAAAUAGAGAAGAUCCAGAAGAUAUUUAACUCCAGAGAGCAUUUCAUGGUGCUCUUCUUCUCAGAUCUCAGUGUUGAAGAUCCAGUGACAGAGUUUGUCAAAUCCAGCACAGAAUCUCAGAGGUUAAUCAGUCUCUGUGGAGAUCAGUACAGAGUUAUGGGGUUAAAGGAGUCCGAAAUCUCACGAGAGAUCCCAGAUCUACUGGAUUAUAUAGAGAACUUGAAGACUGAACCAUAUUCACUUCAGACAUAUGUGAAAGCUCAAGAGAACAGAGUCAGACGUGAAACAGAGGAGAAAUAUAUAGAAGAACUGAAGAGAAUGGAGGAUGAAAUGAAAGAGUUAAAGCAGAAGAUUCCGUUAGAAGGUGCUGAAUGUUCAGAUGAUCAGGAGUGUCUGAGGAUUGUGCUGAUCGGGAGGACAGGAAAUGGAAAGAGUGCAACAGGAAACACUAUUCUGGGAAGACAUGAGUUUGUGAGUCAAGCAAACAUGGAUUCAGUGACGACUGUGUGUGAGAAGGGAGUUGGUGAAGUUGAUGGUCGAUCAGUCGCUGUUGUUGAUACUCCAGGACUCUUUGACACAACACUGACAAAUCAACUAGCAGUGGAAGAAAUAAUGAAAUGCAUUUCAUUUUCAUCACCUGGACCUCAUGUGUUCGUCAUUGUGUUGAGUGUGGGAAGAUUCAUCCAGGUAGAAGCAGAUACUGUAGAUAUGAUAAAGAAGAUCUUUGGUCUGAAAUCUGCUCAGUUCAGCAUCGUCCUGUUCACUAGAGGAGACGAUCUUGAGAAUGAAUCUAUAGAAGAUUAUGUGACGAGAGGAAACAAUCAAGAACUGAAGAAACUGAUCAGAGAUUGUGGAAACAGAUUCCUGGCUUUCAAUAACAGAGAAAAACAAGACAAAACUCAAGUGAUUCAAUUGUUAAACAUGAUAGAAGAAGUGAGAAACACCAAUGAGGGUCGAUACUUCACUAACUGCAUGUUUGAGGAGGCAGAGAUGUCCAUUAAAAAGAGGAUGGAGGAAAUAAUGAAAGAGAGAGAGAGAGAAAUGGAGAAUCAGAGAGAAGAAUUACAGGCUAAAUAUGAGAUGGACAUGAAAAACAUGAUGAAGAGACUCGAGGAAGAGAAACAAAGAGCAGACGAGGAGAGAAAGAAAAUGGAGAAUCAAAUCAGAGAAAAAGAGGAAAAACUGAGAAGAGAGUUUGAAGAGAAAGAGAAAACAGAACAGAAGAAACGAGAGAUUGAAGACCAGAAACGAUCAGAAGAGGAAACACAGAGAAAAGCUGAAUAUAAUCAAAGAAUAGAAGAGAUGAAGAGAAAAAAUGAAAAUCAAAAAUCACAAUUUGAAAAACAGCAAAAAGAAAGAGAAGAAGAAGAUAGAAAGAGAGGAGAGAAAUACAGAAAAGAUCAAGAAAAGAUGAAAGAACAAGAACGCAUUUUAGCUGAGGUACAACAAAAAGAAGAAGAAGAAAGAAAAAAGAGAGAAACUGAGGAGAAAAAGAGGAAUGAAGAGGAAGAUAAAGAAAGACAGAGAUGGGAAAGAAAAAUAAAAGAGGCUGAAAACGACAGAAAAGAGACUCAAGAGGAUAUUAAACGACAGCAGAGAGAAUGGGAGGAUGAGAAGAAACGACAGAUGAGAGAACGAGAGGAAGAAGAAAGAAAGAGAAAAGAGAAACACGAAGAACAACUGAGAGAAAAACAAGAAGAACUGGAG